CUUGUCAAACAAUCAUAUUGGUUGAAAUCGUAAUUUUGUCAUUUGGAACACUUGUCAAACAGCCAUUUUUUCUUCUGCACUAAAUCAUAAUACAUCUUCAAUCGUUCUGGCCACUUAAUUAUUUUGCACCAAAUCAUUUACACUCUACCAGACAGCCCCUACGUCAGCGCAAGCCUAAACUCAUGAAGAGACUAUGGUUGCUCUCACCUCCGGCUCGGAGCAUCAGACACGGCCUUCUGGUUUUGUUUGGCCCUUUCUCACUGGAUUUUGAAGAAUUUGAUCAUGCAAUUAGCUAACAAUGCACUCCGCCAAACUCACUACGACGUUCUGGGUGUGAAAGAAGAUGCAAGCCAGGAAGAAGUCCGAACGAGCUAUAGAUCUGCUCUCCUAUGUUCCCAUCCAGAUAAAUUGCACAAGAUAAGUUCUGAUCACAACGAUCCAAGAGUUAGAUUUCUUGAGAUCCAGACGGCUUGGGAAAUCUUAGGAGAUGUGAAGUCACGGACAUUAUAUGACAGGGAGCUUCAGGUUUCAAGACAGGAUGAGGUAACUGCGGAUGAAGUUGAGUUAGAGGAUCUGAUGGUGGACGCUAGCGGUGAUGUUGUGGAGCUCUUUUAUCAGUGUCGAUGUGGUGAUUACUUCUCUCUCGACUCUUCGGAAUUAAGAGAGAUGGGAUUCCAACUACUGACGGAAGGUAACAAGAUCGCAUUGCAAGCACCCGAUAAUACUCCCCUGGCAUCGAUCAUCCUACCUUGUGGUUCUUGUUCUUUGAAAAUCCGUUUAAUAAUCCGUAAAGAUACCCGAGCUUAAAGUCAAAAAUGGGUCUAAUCCUGAUAUGGGUAUUGGCGCCUUUGAUUAAAGAACGUCCUCCGCACAAAGUAGCGAAGACUGUUCAGUUAGAUUUUUCAGAUGAUUCGUGAGAAAGCAUCCAUCAUUUUCAUUAAACUUUGGCACAAUGGAAGUAGCCGUGACUAGUGUAUUCAACCGUUAUCAUCCCGAGAGGGCGACGGACGGAAAUUAUCGUGUUCUUAAUAUGUUUAGAAUGAAGUAAAUAUGGAAUGAGGGUUCUGGUGCUUGAUUGCAAUGUUCUGUUUUCUUGACUUGCAGCUUCACUUGUGGCAGUUCUUGUCAAUUGCUAUAUGUCAUGAAUAGCAAACUCUUGUCAAAAUAGUGUGUAUUAGGAUCU